AUGCAGAUCCACCCAGGCCACCCCGUAACGCCUCUUAUGCAGGCAGCCAUAGAUGGCGAUCUUGAGAUGCUGAGGCAACAUCUUGAUCACCUCAGAGCGGUUGAUGCCAGCGGUAAGACGGCUCUUAUGUAUGCUGCGGAGCAUGGGAACGAUAACUGCAUACCUUUGCUCAUGAACGAGGCAGGAAUGCAGGAGAAAGAAAAGGGACAGACUGCUUUGAUCCUUUCUGUCCUCGCCUUGCGUGUUCCGCCUUUGCCAUUGGUACAGGCAGAGGCAGCAAUGCAAGACUUUGCAGGGAUGACGGCGUCAGACUAUGCCAUAGCACGCGGAAGCUAUUCUGCAGUAGCUACUAUAGACGGGUACACCAAGAAGAACCUCAAAUUAACUCCGUUAAUGUGUGCUGCGAGAGCAGGGGAUGUCUACUCAGUGGAAAAACUAAUGGACAAGCAUGUGCGCCAAAAGGACACGUGGGGACGGACCGCAUUGAUCCAUGCGGCCCUCUGCAAUAGCCCCAUUGGCAACAACUGUAUGCGUGUCCUUCGUCACAAGGAAGCAGGGGUGCAGGAUGUCUAUGGGCGAACAGCCCUAAUAUAUGCUGCCAUGAAUUGCAAUCUUGAGGGUAUCAAGUUGCUAUUGGAGACUCCAUCAGAAGUGGGGGCGACGGACAGAGAGGGGAAGUGCGCGCUGUCUUAUGCCAUCGAGAACAAAAGCUAUGAUUCCAUAUAUGCCCUAGCAAGUGCAGAGUGCCGCGUAACGCCGGCUCUCUUCGCUACGUGUCAGAAGAUGAAAGAAGACUUCGUCUUUAAAGUGUUCACCGAAGGUGCGUCUCUCCAGACCAUCGGUGAGAAUCGCGUCAAAUCUGCAGGUCUAGACCCUCAAGUGUGUGCGCUGUGCAAAGGCAAGGCGGCUGUGAUAGCAUCCACCCCAUGCAAUCACAUUUGUAUUUGCGUGGAUUGCUGUCGGCAUUGUUAUGACACCAAUGCCGGUGUAUGCCCCGCCUGUGACCAGGAGUCCUGUGGCUGGGAGCUGAUAUCCGGGUAG